AUGAAGAGCUUUGUCCUCCAAGCGGCCCUCGCCGGCGCGGCCCUCGCUGCUCCGAACCACCGAAUCGGCACCGCCUUCACUGAGCGCGCCGCCGGUGACUGCAAGUGUUUCCCCGGCGAUGCUUGCUGGCCUGCCACGGCGCAGUGGGAUGCCCUCAACACCACUGUUGGCGGCAACCUGAUCGCGACUGUACCUCUUGGCGCGCCAUGCCACGACCCCGUCUACGAUGCGGCCACCUGCGCUACUCUGCAGAGUGAAUGGCAGGAUGCGGAGAUCCACAUGGGAUCCUCUUCCUCCAUUAUGGCUCCCUUCUUCGCCAACCAGAGCUGCGACCCCUUCCAACCGCAGUCUCGUGCUUGUACUCUGGGCAAUUACGUCGUCUACGCCGUUGACGCCAAGACCCCCGAGCAUAUCGCGGCCACCAUCUCCUUCGCAGCUCAGAACAACAUUCGCUUCAUUAUCCGUAACACCGGCCAUGACUACCUUGGUCGCUCCACCGGAGCCGGAGCCCUCUCCGUCUGGACUCACCAUCUGACCAGCACCGAGGUUGUUGACUGGAACACCGCCUCCUACACCGGCAAGGCCAUGAAGGUCGGUGCCGGUACCCAGGGCUUCGACGUUAUGGAGGCUGCCCACAACGCCGGCCUUGCUGUUGUUGGUGGCGAGUGCCCUACCGUCGGUAUUGCUGGAGGUUACACACAGGGCGGUGGCCACAGUGCUUUGUCCACUUCCUUCGGUCUUAGCGCCGAUAACGUCCUGGAGUGGCAGGUUGUCAUCGCCAACGGUACUCUCCUGACUGCUUCUCAGACCCAGAAUGCUGAUCUCUACUGGGCUCUCUCCGGCGGUGGCCCCGGUAACUGGGGUGUUGUCACCUCCAUGACCGUCAAGGCUCACGCCGAUGCCAAGUUCGGUGGUGCUACUCUCGUCAUGAUGGCUGCCGACAACGACAACACUGCAUUCUUCAACGCCAUCGAUGCUUUCCACGAGGAGCUUGCCGGUAUGGUCGACGGCGGCUCCAUGGUCGUCUACUACUUCGCCGCCGGUUUCUUCCAGAUCGCCCCCCUCAACGCGUACAACAAGACCGCCGCUGAGGUCAAGACCCUGCUCGCCCCCUUCGUCGCCCGUCUCGACGCUCUCAAGAUGAACUACACCACUACCUACACCGAGUACGAGAGCUACUACAACCACUACGACAAGUACUUCGGCCCUCUGCCCAUCGGUAACAUUCAGGUCGGCAUUGCCCAGUACGGCGGCCGCCUCAUCCCCCGCGACAACAUCACCAACAUCGGCUCUUUCUCUCGCAGCGUGGCCGAGAAGGGCGUCACCUUCAUCGGCGUCGGGACCGACGUUGGCAAGUUUGGCAACAAGGAGACCAACUCCGUUACCCCCGCCUGGCGCAACGCCCUCGUCCACGCCACCCUGACCACAGUUUGGAACUUCACCGCCCCCUGGGAGGAGAUGAUUGCCAACCAGGACCUCAUGACCAACGUCGUUAUGAAGGAGAUUGAGGCGCUCACCCCCGCUGGUGGUGCCUACAUGAACGAGGCCGACUUCCAGCAGCCCAACUUCCAGACCGAGUUCUUCGGCAGCAACUACAAGUCCCUCUUGUGCCUGAAGCAGAAGUGGGACCCUGAAGGAUUCUUCUACGUUCGCAACGCCGUAGGCAGCGAGUCGUGGAGCGUUGCUGAUAAUGGAAGAAUGUGCCGUGUUUGA